CACUUUCUGUUGGCCUUUUCUUCUCACAGAUCUCCUUAUUUCAUUCAAACCUACUCCCCCACCGUCUCCUCCCCUCUAAUUCUUGCGCCAUAUAAAAAAGCUGAAACUGGCAAUUUUUACUUCUAUCUAUUCUCCAGUUUAAUCCGAAGAAAUUCUAAAGAAGAGGAGAAGGGCUUUUACUUGAAUGCUUUUUAGCAUUGAAGAACUUCUGCAAUGCAAAACUUAGGCAGAACAAGAAGUCAGCCAAGGUCUAAUAGAUCUAUGCCUUUAGGAGGCAUGGAUUAUGCAGAUCCAAAGAAGAAGAGCAAUUAUGUGGGUAAAAUUCUUAUGGCUGCUAUGUUGACAGCACUAUGCAUUCUUAUGCUCAAGCAGUCCCCAAGUUUUAAUACCCCAAGCGUAUUCUCUCGGCAUGAACCAGGUGUCACUCAUGUCUUAGUCACUGGAGGUGCUGGCUAUAUUGGCUCCCAUGCAGCAUUGCGUCUUCUGAAAGAAUCUUACCGGGUGACCAUAGUGGACAACCUUUCACGAGGAAACCUAGGCGCUAUUAGGAUUCUACAAGAACUAUUUCCUGAACCUGGCAGGCUUCAGUUCAUAUAUGCUGACUUGGGGGAUGCAAAAUCGGUGCACAAGAUAUUCUCCCAAAAUGCAUUUGAUGCGGUCAUGCAUUUUGCAGCUGUAGCAUAUGUUGGCGAGAGCACCCUUGAUCCUCUCAAAUAUUAUCACAAUAUCACAUCAAAUACCCUCACUGUAUUAGAAGCAAUGGCAACUCAUGGAGUCCCAACUUUAAUUUACUCUAGUACAUGUGCAACGUAUGGAGAGCCUGAAAAGAUGCCCAUUACAGAAGGAACUCCACAGCUCCCUAUUAAUCCAUAUGGAAAAGCAAAGAAAAUGGCGGAGGAUAUCAUUCUGGAUUUUCAUAAGAACUCAAACAUGGCUGUCAUGAUUCUGAGAUACUUCAACGUGAUUGGAUCUGAUCCAGAUGGAAGACUAGGAGAAGCUCCCCGACCUGAACUUCGUGAACAUGGCCGGAUAUCUGGUGCUUGUUUUGAUGCAGCUCGUGGAAUCAUACCUGGGCUUAAGGUUAGAGGAACAGACUAUAAGACACCAGAUGGUACAUGCAUAAGGGAUUAUAUAGACGUGACCGAUCUGGUUGAUGCUCAUGUUAAAGCUCUUGAGAAGGCAAGGCCAGGAAAAGUUGGGAUCUACAAUGUUGGAACAGGAAGAGGUAGAUCAGUGAAAGAAUUUGUGGAGGCUUGUAAAGCUGCUACUGGGGUACCUAUCAAAGUUGACUUUCUUCCCCGUAGGCCUGGUGAUUAUGCAGAAGUGUACAGUGAUCCAACUAAGAUUAGAAAUGAACUGAACUGGACAGCCAAAUACACUGAUCUUCAAGAGAGUUUGCAGGUCGCGUGGAGAUGGCAGAAAUCACACCUUAAUGGUUAUGUUUCAUCCUUGGCGACAUCCUUGGCAACGUCCUGAUAAUGCUUCAUCAACUUAUCGUUGUAGAAGACUGACCUGAACCUCAUGUCACAGCGUAACUUAUUGUCGAUUUAUUAGUAUCCAUAGAGUACAGUUUUCGAGGCCAAGAGGGGUCCAUGUUUAGUCUUUUAGCUAGAUGGAAUUAUAUAGCAAUUAGGCAGCUGCCUAUUUACCCAUUGUUAUGUGUAUUUAGUGAAAGGUAUAUUUCAGAUCAAUAAUAGUUUCCAUUCAGGUGUAGCUUC